AUUGACUCAAUCUUGGCUGUGAUUUAAAAAAUCAGGUUAAAUAGAAUUAUUUUUUGUUUUUCCAAAAUUUUUGUUCAUCGUGAUAGAUACAUUCUUCAUUCACCAUCGAAUUAUAUAACUAUUGCAAAAAGAAAAAAAAUGAACGGCUUCAUCGUACCAGCAGCGAUUAGUGGAUUCUGGUUCAUAAUCGGUUUUAUCAUUCCGUUAUUUAUUCCUCGUGGUCCUAACAAAGGUAUAACGGUUACAUGCUUAAUGAUAACUGCCGUCUGUUGCUGGGUUCUAUGGAUUACAACCUACAUCGCUCAACUGAACCCAUUAUUUGGUCCACAGAUUAAAAGUACAACGUUAAUUUUGAUGAAGAACUGGGGAUUCUGAUCAUCAAAAUCAAAGGAGCAUUAAGUCAAUGAUGUAGUGAUUCCCGGAUAAAAAAAAGAACAAUGAUGAUAAUGAUGGAUGUAAAGCAAAAUACAAUAUCAUUUUUAU